AUGGGGGUAUUGGAAUACACCAGUUUAAUACCCUCGGAGUUUGUGAUGGUGAUUGACACCAUGCUUAUUGUGCCAGGUGCAAUUGUGGAGGCGGAGUAUCAACAUCAGAUCAAUGCAAUAAAAGUAGUGACCGCUUUCUGUGGCGUUGAAGAAGGACCUUGUCUCCGACGACAUUUCUUUUCCCUCUACAAAACGAAGAAGAAAAGACUGACACUAUUCUUCACUAAGCAAUCCAGUCUGUACAGAUUAAUUCUCACGAAGACUGACCUACUAUCUGCUUUCUCUGUGUCAGGAAUCCUAGUCUUUCAAUCAAGGACCAAGUUAAAAAAUAUGCAAUAUUAG